GCUGCCGUUAAAACCCAAAGAAGAAGAAGAAGAACUUGCAGCACCAGACUUGUAGUCCGCGUGUGGACAGCGCUGCACUGACCCGCUGCUGUAAUGGAGGGAUCCGGGGAAGAGUUCAUGAAAUACCGCUCACCGCUGGUGUCCCGGUACGCCAGCAAAGAGAUGGCCUACAACUUCAGCGACAGGAAAAAAUUCACCACAUGGAGAAGACUGUGGCUUUACCUCGCUAAGGCCGAAAAGGAAUUGGGUCUCUCCAUAACCGAUGCCCAGGUGAGCGAGAUGGAGUCUCACUUGGAGGACAUUGAUUUCGUCAUGGCUGCGGAGGAGGAGAGGAAGUUGAGGCAUGAUGUCAUGGCUCAUGUGCACACGUUCGCUCACUGCUGUCCCACCGCUGCUCCCAUCAUCCACUUGGGCGCAACUUCCUGUUAUGUGGGAGACAAUACGGAUCUGAUAAUGCUGCGUGAUGGAUUUGAUAUCCUGCUACCCAAGCUGGCUCGUGUCAUAGACAGGCUUGCGAACUUUGCAGAGAAAUAUGCUGACCUGCCGACUUUAGGCUUCACCCAUUAUCAACCAGCUCAGCUGACUACAGUUGGGAAGCGUGCUUGUCUGUGGCUGCAGGAUCUGGUCAUGGACAUGCGUAAUCUUCAGCGUGCAAGAGAGGACCUGCGCUUCCGGGGCGUCAAAGGAACCACAGGCACUCAGGCCAGCUUCCUGCAGCUCUUCCAGGGGGAUCACGAGAAGGUGGAAGAGUUGGAUAGGAAGGUCACUGAGAUGGCUGGUUUUAAAAAAUCAUACCUGGUGACGGGUCAGACGUACAGUCGUAAGGUGGAUAUCGACUCGCUCUGUGUGCUGGCCAGCCUCGGAGCCACAGUACAUAAGAUUUGCACUGAUAUCCGUCUGUUGGCUAAUCUGAAAGAAAUCGAGGAGCCGUUUGAGAAAGAGCAGAUUGGUUCCAGUGCCAUGCCGUACAAGAGAAACCCCAUGCGUGCGGAGCGCUGCUGCAGUCUUGCUCGUCACCUGAUGGCGCUGGUGUCAGACCCUCUGCAGACAGCAGCAGUGCAGUGGCUGGAAAGAACCCUGGACGACAGCGCUAACAGGAGGAUCUCAUUGCCUGAGUCCUUCCUCACAGCGGACAUCAUCCUCAGCACUCUGCAGAACAUCACUGAAGGACUGGUGGUGUAUCCUAAGGCACCGUUCAUGACAAUCAAGGUCACCUUACAAAUCUCCAUUAACAUCAAUGUAACAACAGCAAACAAGGUGAUUGAGAGGCAUAUCCGUCAUGAGCUGCCCUUCAUGGCUACUGAAAACAUCAUCAUGGCCAUGGUGAAGGCUGGAGGAAACAGACAGGACUGCCAUGAGAAGAUUCGGGUGCUGUCCCAGCAAGCUGCAGCUGUAGUCAAACAGGAAGGGGGGGAUAAUGACCUGCUGGCUCGGGUUCAGGCUGAUCCAUAUUUCACCCCCAUACUCGGACAGCUGGACUCCAUACUGGACCCCAAGACCUUCAUCGGCCGAGCCCCACAACAGGUUACAAGGUUUUUGUCUGAGGAGGUCAGGCCUGUUCUAGAGCCAUACAAGAGUAAAAUGGAUGUCAAGAUUGAACUAGAGCUCUGAAACAAACACAUACGUGACGCAUCAGAACAGUAUUAAAAUAAAUAUGGUGUUCAA